CGGCUCUUGCCUCCGACAGUCUCUGUCCGUUUGCUCCCAGCGAGGUUCCUUCUUCCUCAACCCCUCCUAUCCACUGCAAGUCUUCUCUACACGUUUGUCGUCGACUUGGGAUUCAACUGUUCAGCGAUCGGGGUGGAUGAUUCAUGAUGCAUGAGCAGCUGCACGGGCAGAAGCUAACCAAACAGCCCCACUUCUGACCACACGCCUUUAAUUAUCGGCAUGAUGUCUUCUUCAAGAGACGCAGCAGCGGCGGGGACACCAUCUCGCCCAGUCCGCAGCAGUAGACAGCGAGUCCAGUCGUACACUGAAUACUCAUCGGAAAAUCCCGACACAGACGAGGUCGUUGACCAGUUGACGACAACCUGGCCUCGUUCCACCCGCCGUUCUGUCAACCCGGACGUUGCAGCCGCUGAUCGCCCGAAACGUACGACCCGAACUCCAAGGUCAUAUAGAGAACCUUCUUCGGACGAGGAUUUAGAUCGUGUCAUAUCUCGCUAUCCUGAAAUGGUCACUACUAGUAAUCCCCCACAGUCCGCCGCCUCGCUUCCUCGUCGAGCUACACGCCACCAGCCAAAGCGUUCUCCUGGCAAGAGAAAGAAACCUACUGUAGCAUCACCUCGGAAACGUCACCGCACCGAGCUUGUCGUCACUACAGACGCCAUACCUUUCUCGAACGGCAAGGUUCCUGCUUGGGAUACUCUUCCAUACCAUAUCCUCUUCAACAUAUUCUUCCAUGCGUCCCACCCUCUAGUUGACUACCGCCAAGGCAGUCACCUUCCUUCAGUGAAGUGGCUAUUAGAUGUUGCUCUACUCUGUCAUGCUUUUACCGAGCCGUCGUUGAGUGUGUUAUAUCACACACCUGUCUUAAUUCCACCCCUCAAAGCUCACAAGAUAUUGCAGCUGCUAUCUGAGCCACUUGAAGGUGUUUCCUUCAACUACGCCAGCAAGGUUCAGGAACUUUUGGUUGAUGUACGACUGACGUUGGCCUAUAAGGCUGGACCAGCCUACGGGUACUUCGAUAUUUGUAAACUCCUAGAAAAGGUGCCACAUAUCAAGACGCUUCGCCUCUAUCACAGACAUGACGGCUUUUCACCGCUUAUGCAUGCAGAUCAUGCUCACCGUUGGACCUAUCCUUCGUCCUUAUUCGAGACCCUGAAAGAUAACAAUGUCCGGCUCCAUACCUUUGAUUGGAAUGCUCGCUUCAUGGAACCACGAAUGCUCAUCAAGACUAUGUUAGCACAUCAUCUUGAAGCUCCUUUCAAGAGUAUUCGCACUCUACAUCUUUUCCAAAUUCCAUCCGAUGACAUCGUACUAGAAAACGAGAGUGAUAUUGCUGAGAUGGGUGACAAACUCAUAGAAACUGGACUCGGUGCAGCUUUGUGCCAAUUACCGGAAUUGCGAACUGUGUCAUUUACGGAUUGUAUGGCUGUCAAUGAACUGCUAUUCGUCGCCAUGCCGUCGACAUUGGAAUCGCUAACGCUCGACAACUGUGACGAGGUUGCAACCCCAAGUUUGACUGCUUUCUUGAAAAGCCACGGAGCAAACUUGCGAGAGCUGGUUCUCAAGCACAAUCGACAUCUCAAUAUGUCAUUUACAACAACUCUGAGGGAUUCCUGUCCUAAACUGGAAAAGCUAUCGACCGACUUUAUAAUGCAUAACUGGCCCCCAUACUUUAAUGGAAUGCCACAUUUCGAGAGUCUUCUCAAAGCUGGUGAAAUACCAACCUGGCCCAAAACACUUCAAGAAAUUGAAUUGCUACAGCUUCGUCAAUGGGAUAAACCGAGAGCGGCGACUUUCUUCAGCUCCCUAGUUGACGCCGCACCGGAACUCAUGAACUUGCGCCGAAUUGUCAUAAGCGCCACUAUAAAGAUGGGGUGGCAAGAUAGAGCAUCAUUCCGUCGGCAAUGGAUCAAAAAGUUUGAGCAGACAUUUCUUCGCCAAGACAGUUCGCCAAAGCCAAAUGCACUGGCAGAUUCCAAACCCGACCAUUCUGUGAGUGGGGAUUCGGUUCGGAGACACUCCCAUCGAGAGAGUGCCCGCUUGGCCAACCAACGUCUUUCAGGAGUCGAUAAUGAUUCUGAUGAUAGCGAUCGGGAUUUUAGCGCAGAGGAGGACGUCGAAGCACAAGAAAACGACGUUAAUGUUGCACAUGUCCAAGGCUUGUGUGACGUUGUAUCACUGCGAAUUGACAACCUCAGACCAGCGGACACACAGUUCAACGAGGGUGACUUUCUAAACUCCGAAGAGAGCGGAGAUGAGGACUGGAAUGGCGAAGACUGGGAACCCGGUGACGAUGGUCAUGCUUGGUGAGAUACUGCCCUUAUGUUUAUUUUAUCUGAUUUAUUUGUUUUACAAAAUCAUUCCAAUCUACUCUGUUCCUGAAGCCAUGGGAGUUUGUCUGAGGGAGUUCUGGCUAGCACUGUGUGGGAUGGAAUUACAUUAUGGGGUGAUUGAAUUCUCUGGAUUUCCCGUUUUUUCUUUUCAACUACCACCUGUAUCAUUAAUAUGCCCCGGGUUUCUGUCAUAUGAAGUUGCGUUUUUAGUAGAAGUCAACAGGCAUGGAUCGACGGCGUUUUCACACUAGCAACGACCACCAAAUGUCAAUUGAUGUCGAGAUAUGUAUUUUAAUAUGUAUUCAGGUAGUAAAUUGUUUACUGAAGUCAU